GGUGUCGCAUCCAGCGGGACUCCUCUGUUCCGGAGAGAAUGACAGAGCUGCGGAGCCUCAACGCUACGUCCCCCUGGAACUGGUCUGCGGAGGAGAACCGGUUCCGUGACCUGGAUGAGCUGGACGUGCCGCCAGAAGGCUCUGUGAACGUGCGGAUCUUGGUCUGCGCCGUGUACGCGCUGGUAUGCGUCACCGGGCUGGCUGGGAACCUGCUGGUGUUCGUCCUGAUGACCACGCGCAUGAGCAGGAGAAAGCCUUCGAGCGUGAACCUGCUGGUCUUCAACCUGGCGGUCACAGACUUCCAGUUCGUGCUGACUCUGCCGUUCUGGGCGGCGGAGACGGCGCUGGACUUCAGCUGGCCGUUCGGGGACGCCAUGUGUAAGAUCGUGCUGUCCGUGACCGUGGUCAACAUGUACGCCAGCGUCUUCUUCCUCACAGCCAUGGGCGUCACUCGGUACCUGGCGGUGACCUCCGCGCUCCAGAGGGGCCCCCGGCGGUGGGGCUGCGCGGUGCGCUGGGUCGUCGCCGCGCUCUGGGUGUGCGCCCUGCUGGCGGCUCUGCCCACCGUCAUCUUCUCCGCCGUGAGGACCGUCUCCGGGGAGCGGCUGUGCCUCCUCAGCUUCCCGGCGGGUCCGUCGUGGUUGGCGCUGCACCACCUUCAGAAGGUCCUGGUGGCUUUUCUGAUCCCCAUGCUGGUCCUGACGGUGUGCUACCUGCUGCUGCUGCGCUCUCUGCGCCUCCGCAGCAGGCAGCGCCGGCGCAGCUCCACGGUCACGCGCUCAGUCACCAUCGUGGUCCUCUCGUUCUUCGUCUGCUGGAUGCCGAACCAGGCCAUAACUUUCUGGGGGGUUCUGGAGAAACUCCACUGGGUCCGGCUGGAUAAGAACUAUUACUUCGUGCACACGUACGUACACCCGCUGAGCGUGUGCCUCGCGUACACCAACAGCUGCCUGAACCCGCUGCUGUACUGCCUGCUGCGUCCGGACUUCCGGGAGAAGAUGCGGGAACUGUUCUGGAGGCGUCUGAGCCCAGCGCCCGGGACGGGUGGAGCGGAGGUGGGGGGGCGGGCUGCAGUCCCGCUGGACAACGAGAACUCGCAGCUCUCAGGUUCAACCGCGCGCAGCCACGCGGACGCGCCCCAGAGGCUGAGUCGGCUUUGAGCGCACAGACGCAUGGACGCGCCCUAGAACGUGAGCUGCCCCAGAGCGCACUGACACGUGGACGCGCACCAAAAGCUGGGACGACUCUGAGCGCACAGACACAUGGACGCGCACCAAGAGUUGGGAUGACUCUGAGCUCACACACACAUGGAAGCGCACCAACACCUGAACCGGCUCUGAGCGCACAGACACAUGGACGCGCCCUAGAGACUGUGCUGCUUUUGAGCGCACAAACACAUGGACGCGCCCCAAAAGCAGAGCUGGCCCUGUGCGCUGGGGCGCCGGAAGAGGGGUG